AUGCCGCCGCGCCUCUCCCUCCUCCGCCGCCUCUCCACCCGCCGGGACACCAACCUCGCCACCCUCCUCGCCGUCCUCCGGUCACCACAGGCUCCAUCUACGCCGCUCCCCCACGCCCUCUCCCACGCCUUCCCGUCUCCGGCAGACGCGUUUCCCCUGCACACGCUCCCCGAUCUCCUCCCGCGCCUCCCCUCCCCGCUCCUCUCCCUCCGGUUCCUCCUCUGGCGCCUGCCCCCUUCCCCGACGCUGCCCUCCCCGCACACCCUCUCCUCGGUCGCCGCCUCGCUCCCGGACCUCCCCUCCGAUGUGCCCCUCCUCCUCUCCACCACCCAGCGCCCGCUGCCCCUCCCGCACUACGCCCUCCUCCUCGCCAUCUCUGCCCUUAAACACGCCCAUGCCGGCCUCUUCCCCGUCUCCCUUGCCAUCCUCCGCCACAUGCGCUCCUUCACCAUCUCGCCCGACGUGGCCUGCUUCCACUCCGCCCUCCGCGUCGCGGGCUCGCCCGGCGACGUCUCCGCCGUCCUGGACAUCAUGUCCACAUCCGGCGUCGACCCGACCGUCCCCCUCAUAGUCACCGCGGUGCAUAAGCUGGCAUACGGGGGCGACUUCGAGGGCGCCCGCGGCCUGAUCGACAAAAUGCCCGAGUUUGGAUGCGUGGCCAAUGUGGUGGUUUACACCGCGUUGUUCGACGGGAUGCGCGCGUUCGGAGACGCGGAUGCCGCGAUGGGGCUGCUCGAGGAGAUGGAGGGCGGCGGGCUGGGUGCCGGGUGCGUGCCCAACGUGGUGUCCUACACGUGUUUGGUGAAAUGCCUGUGCGAAAGGGGUAGAAUGGUGGAGGCUCUGAGCGUGCUGGAUAGGAUGGUGGCUAGAGGGGUGAUGCCGAACCGCGUUUUUGUGCGGACGCUGGUCGAUGGGUUUUGCGCGACUGGAGGGGAUGGCUCGCUCGACAGCGCAUAUGAUGUGGUGGAGCGUUUGGUCGUCGAUGGAGCUUUGUCGAGUGGGCAGUGCUAUAAUGUCCUUCUGGUUGCCUUGUCCGGGGCUGGGAUGGCAGGGGAAGCUGAAGGGCUCGCACAGAGGAUGAUGAAGAAAGGGGUGCAGCUGAGCCCGCUCGGGGGAAGUGCAAUGGUGAGGGAGCUCUGCAGGGGCAAAAGGUGGUUGGAUGCUUGCUAUUGGUUGAGACUGAUGGAUGACGAUGGGGUGCUCUGCGACUCUGAUGUUUAUGCUAGUGUGUUGCUUGGGCUGUCUGAGGAGGAGCAUGUCCUUGAGGCCUCGGCGUUGGUGAGGAAGGCCAUGGAUAAGGGAAUAUGCAUUGAGGCUUCAUGCGCUGAUUAUUUGGUGCAGUUACCUCAUCAACAUGGUGAUGAGGAGCUAGAAUCACAUGUAUUAGGACUGAGGAGAUCCCCUCAAGUAUUGUCACAUUGA